CCCGCCCGCAGCGCGCGGCCCCGCCGCCAAGAUGGCGUCGGCCCUGGAGCAGUUCGUCAACAGCGUCCGGCAGCUCUCGGCCCAAGGGCAAAUGACCCAGCUUUGUGAACUGAUCAAUAAAAGUGGAGAGCUGCUAGCAAAAAAUCUUUCCCAUCUGGAUACAGUGCUUGGUGCCCUUGAUGUACAGGAACACUCGUUAGGGGUUCUUGCUGUCUUGUUUGUGAAGUUUUCCAUGCCCAGCAUCCCUGACUUCGAAACGUUAUUCUCCCAGGUGCAGCUUUUCAUCAGCACUUGUAAUGGGGAACACAUUAGAUAUGCAACAGACACUUUUGCUGGCCUGUGCCACCAGUUAACAAAUGCCCUUGUGGAGAGAAAACAGCCCCUGCGAGGAAUUAGCAUUCUCAGACAAGCCAUAGACAAGAUGCAGAUGAACACAAACCAGCUGACCUCAAUACACGCAGAUCUCUGCCAGCUCUGUUUGUUAGCAAAAUGCUUUAAACCUGCCCUCCCGUAUCUAGAUGUGGACAUGAUGGAUAUUUGUAAAGAGAAUGGGGCAUAUGAUGCGAAGCACUUUUUAUGUUACUACUACUAUGGUGGGAUGAUAUACACUGGGCUAAAGAACUUUGAGAGAGCACUCUACUUUUAUGAACAGGCAAUAACUACUCCAGCCAUGGCAGUCAGUCAUAUUAUGUUGGAAUCAUAUAAAAAGUAUAUUCUAGUUUCUUUGAUACUACUUGGCAAAGUUCAGCAGCUACCAAAAUACACUUCCCAGAUAGUUGGUAGAUUCAUUAAGCCCCUUAGCAAUGCUUACCACGAAUUAGCCCAAGUUUACUCAACCAAUAAACCCUCGGAGCUUCGAAAUCUGGUGAACAAACACAGUGAAACAUUCACAAGGGAUAACAACAUGGGGCUGGUUAAGCAAUGCCUGUCAUCUCUCUACAAAAAGAAUAUUCAGAGGCUAACCAAGACAUUUUUAACAUUGUCCUUACAAGACAUGGCAAGUCGAGUGCAGUUGUCAGGGCCCCAGGAAGCAGAAAAAUACGUCCUCCACAUGAUAGAAGAUGGUGAAAUCUUUGCAAGUAUUAAUCAGAAAGAUGGCAUGGUGUGUUUCCAUGAUAAUCCUGAAAAAUACAACAAUCCAGCUAUGCUUCAUAACAUUGAUCAGGAGAUGCUGAAAUGUAUAGAGCUUGAUGAACGACUGAAAGCCAUGGAUCAAGAGAUCACUGUGAACCCUCAGUUUGUGCAGAAGAGUAUGGGCUCUCAAGAAGAUGACUCAGGGACCAAACCAUCCAGUUAUUCCUGAAAUGAAUGUUGCUCACCACUCCGCUUUCAAGUAAAAGCUUAUGAAAGAAUCACGCCUGGAAUGGGGCAUUGAGGAGUUCAACGAAGAGAGCAGAGAGAACUGAGCUUUGCUUUUCACCUGGACAUUAAGAAAUUAAAAGAACACCCUUCUCAGUACUGUAUAAUAUCAGAAAUAUCCUCUGCAAAGAAAAAGGAAAUCUCAAAAGAAACUUAAAAGUCUGUUGUGGAUUUAUUUAUCUUCAGAUUUAACAUCGUUCAUGCAUUAAAUAAUCUACCUUUUGUUUUAAAGGGUUUGAAUGUUGCUGUGUUUCUGUAGCAGUCAUUUUUUUUUCUCUUCUGCAAAAAAAAGUGUUAUUCAGGGAGGAGUACACACUAGAGUUGGUUCACUUGGAAGGUAAUUACUGGGUCAUUAUUCUGUAUUUAAAGUUGGCUCAAAGUGCAGGUUUAUCAUAUGUAUGUGGGAGGAGAGGGGUGGAGUUUAAAUUCACUAUAUGAUGAUUUGCAUAUGCCUGGUGGAGCUGCCUGUUAAAUGAUGAACUAAGAACUGUGUUUUUCCCAGAAGGAUGAGCUUCUUAACCAGUCCUUGUAAGGCAGGUCUAUUGAAAAGCAGAAAUCACUAUAUGGAAUCCAUGUGUGACAGCUAUUUAUUAUUUUAAGUUUCUGGUAGGAAAUGUUGCCUAAUAACAUUUGCUCUUAGAUCAAACUUAGACAUAAACAAAAGGCUCUUUGGAAGACUGUGGUGUUUUGGAGGACUCUAGAUAGGAAGUUGUUUACACUGAAAAAAUUUAAAUAGUUGUUCUUAUACAAUUGGCAUGAAGGUGUUCAACAGGCUAAUGCUUUUCUAUGGUGGAAAUCACUUAAAGUGAAGGCCAUGCUAUAGUUCUUUGUUUCCAAAGAACAUAAUUCUUCAUGGAACACAAACAGAAUUCUAUACAGCUUUCAAAGUGGAGGAUUUUAUUUGGUGAUAACACGCUGGGAUGUUACCUGGGUUUAUUUCACUGUUUUAAACAUAAAAACUGUUGUUGGAUUUUUUUUCAGUGCUUCACUCCUUGAAUCCAAUGGGCUUUUUAAUGUUCUGUAGCUGUUGUGUACCUGAAGGGUUCUCACUGUUCAAACACCUUUGAAACACUUCGUGUCAGUGCAAAUCUUUUGCUAUCAGGCAUAAAUAAACCUGUCAUCAAGUCAGAA